GCCACAAGUUGUUGGUAUACUCAGUCCCCACAACUGUCUCUCUCACCCUCAACACUCUAAAUGACAGGUUUCACGCCGGAAAACCAAUCAGUCCCUUCGCCAGCACCGGCAACAAAACAUGGGGAUUCCACAAAACGUGUACCGGAGUUAGGUCCGCAGGCUAAACCAAAGAGGAACAAAUAUGCUUUCGCGUGUGCAAUCUUAGCUUCCAUGACUUCCAUCCUCCUUGGUUAUGAUAUAGGAGUGAUGAGUGGAGCAAUGAUUUAUAUCAAGAGAGAUCUGAAGAUUAGUGAUCUUCAAAUCGGUAUUCUCGCCGGAAUCCUUAACAUUUAUUCACUCCUUGGAUCUUGCGCCGCUGGUAGAACAUCUGACUGGAUUGGUCGGCGUUACACAAUCGUGUUGGCCGGAGCUAUAUUCUUCGCCGGAGCACUCCUCAUGGGAUUCGCCCCUAACUACGCUUUUCUCAUGUUCGGGAGGUUUGUCGCCGGUAUAGGGGUUGGUUAUGCCCUCAUGAUCGCACCUGUCUAUACCGCCGAAGUCUCUCCGGCGUCUUCUCGCGGCUUCCUCACCUCUUUCCCUGAGGUGUUCAUCAACGCGGGAAUAAUGCUCGGUUACGUAUCAAACCUCGCCUUCUCAAAGUUCCCUCUGAAGCUCGGCUGGCGAUUCAUGCUCGGCAUCGGAGCCAUACCUUCCGUCAUACUCGCCAUCGGCGUCCUCGCCAUGCCCGAAUCGCCGCGGUGGCUCGUCAUGCAAGGCCGCCUCGGCGAAGCCAAACGCGUCCUCGACAAAACCUCCGACUCCCCCGCCGAAGCUUCCCUCCGCCUCGAAGACAUCAAAGAAGCCGCCGGGAUCCCCGCGGACUGCCACGACGACGUCGUCCAGGUCUCGAGGAGGAACAGCCACGGGGAAGGAGUGUGGAAAGAGCUCCUCCUCCGCCCCACUCCCGCCGUGCGCCGCGUCAUGAUCGCCGCCAUCGGGAUCCACUUCUUCCAGCAGGCUUCCGGCAUCGACGCGGUGGUUCUCUUCUCGCCGAGGAUUUUCAAAACCGCGGGGCUCGAAACGGAUCACGAGCAGCUUCUCGCGACCGUAGCGGUAGGAGUCGUUAAAACAUCGUUCAUAUUAGUUGCUACUUUCUUACUAGACCGUGUCGGAAGACGACCGUUGCUUCUAACUAGUGUCGGAGGGAUGGUGCUGUCUUUAGCGGUUUUAGGGACCUCUCUGACGGUUAUAAACCAGUCGGAUAAGAAAGUGAUGUGGGCCGUGGUGUUGAGCAUCGCGACUGUGAUGACUUACGUGGCCACGUUUUCUAUCGGAGCUGGGCCUAUCACGUGGGUUUACAGCUCGGAGAUAUUCCCGUUGAGGCUGAGGUCUCAGGGGUCGAGUAUGGGAGUGGUGGUGAACAGAGUGACGAGCGGUGUGAUAUCGAUGACGUUUUUGCCGAUGUCGAAAGGGAUGACUACCGGAGGAGCGUUUUAUUUGUUCGGUGGGAUUGCGACGGUGGCUUGGGUGUUUUUCUAUACGUUCUUGCCGGAGACGCAAGGGAGGAUGCUUGAGGAUAUGGAUGAGCUUUUUAGUGGGUUUAGGUGGAGAGACUCCAAGAACAAGAACUCCAGUUCGAAUCCUGAGGUUGAGAUUGGAUUAAACAAGCAGUGAGUUUUUCUUUUAAUAGGAUUUGGAUGGGAAUUUGGCAUACCAAAGUUGUAUAAAUUUGAUCAGAUAUGUUACUUGAAUGAAAUAAUAUGUUUUCUUUAUAAA